AUGGGGAUGCUUCUUAAACUGCUUCUAAAUUUGACAAUAUUGGUCGUUAUACAAUAUUCAAGAACGAUAGCAGCCCAGUCUCUGCCUCACUGCCGGAAAAAAUGUCAUAAUGUCAUUAUUCCGUAUCCCUUUGGGACGAGAGAAGGCUGCUACUUGAGCAAAUCAUAUUUCGUAAACUGUACAAAUUUAAGAGUCUUCAACACGAGCAUCAAAGUGGUAAAGAUAUUACUUGAUGGUGAUAUGCGUGGCUUAUUACCAAUAUCCAGUCGUUGUUACAACGAGCAUGGUUCUGAAACUACUACCUCGGAACCAAUAAUAAAGUUGUCAAGAUUCCCACUCGGAAGCACACAGAACGUUUUGACCACGGUUGGGUGUGAUGCUAGCGCCAACAUGAAGGUUGCUUAUGGUGAUGGCUACAUAACGGCUGGAAGUUCAUCAAAUACUGGUUGCCAUAUGGUAACCAAUGGUUCAUGUUUAGGCAUGGGUUGCAGCCAGGUUCCGGUUCCUUAUAAGAUGAGUAGUUUUAAGAUCCGUACACAGAGUAACACGAAGAAGACUGUCGGCAAGUGGGGUUUUAAUAAUUGCACAUACGGGUUUCUUGUUUGGAAAGGUCAUUACACGUUUCACACAACUGACCUCUAUAAUAUGCAUCAGAAACAGGCUUUCCCUGUGCUUUUAAAAUGGUCGGUGGGGAACACAGGUUGUGAAGCAGCUCAAACGAACCGUACCAGUUAUUUAUGCGCAGAACAUACUUCAUGUGUCGACACUAUAACUGAAUGCGAUCAAAACUACGAAGGGUAUCGUUGUAAAUGUGAUCCAGGGUACCGGGGAAACCCAUAUAUUCUUCCGAAUGGAUGUCAAGACAUUAACGAGUGCGAAGAACAUCAGGAUGAUUGCUUAUAUGGGUGUACUAACACAAAUGGAAGCUACACCUGUUCAUGCUUAUGGGGUCAGCAUGGUGAUGGUCGAAUGAAUGGGAAAGGUUGCACUUAUUCUGGGGUAUCUAUCUUUGCCGGGGUUAGCAUGGGCAUUGCGGCAUCCUUUUUGUUGACACUUAUCUUAUAUGGGGCACUCAAACAAAGGCAUAUUAUGAAUAGUAGGGAAAAGUUUUUCAAGAUGAAUGGUGGCUUGAUACUACAGAAAGUACUCUUUGAAUCGAAAAAAACAUCCAAAAUGGCCAAGAUUUUUACAGCAAGCGUUCUGGAAAAAGCAACCAAUAACUUCCGCAAAACAAAUAUUAUUGGUCAAGGAGGCAAUGGGACUGUUUAUAAAGGUACAUUAGCUGACAAAACAAUGAUUGCCAUCAAGAAAUCUAAGUCUAUUGACCAUAGCCAGAUUGAGCAAUUUAUAAAUGAGGUGAUCAUGUUAUCAGAAAUUAGCCACCCAAAUGUUGUGAAACUCCUGGGUUGUUGUCUUGAAACGCAAACUCCCCUUCUAGUUUAUGAGUUCAUAACUAACAAAACAGUCUUCCAACACCUACACGAAUAUGACUAUAUUCCUUCAUUGACAUUUGAAAGGCGCUUGAAGAUAGCCACGGAGACUGCAGAAGCCCUUUCUUUUAUACACUCAACCACACAAAUCGUUCAUAGAGAUAUUAAAUCUUCAAACAUACUUUUGACCGAUGACUACACUGCUAAAGUGUCUGAUUUUGGCAUAUCAAGGUUCAUUCCUGUUGAUCAGACUCAUUUACAAACAUUGGUGCACGGGACACUCGGGUACAUAGAUCCUGAGUACUUCCGUUCAGGAAUGUUGACGGAGAAGAGUGAUGUGUAUAGUUUUGGGAUGCUUCUUGUGGAGCUCCUAACGGGCAGAAAAGUUUUCUCACACGACGGAACUGAGAGUGACUUGGGUUUGGCCACAUAUUUCGUUUCUUCGUUAGUAAGGGGUUGCUUGAUUGAUAUACUUGACUAUGAAGUGAAGAAAGAUGGGCUCAACAAGCAUAUCGAGAAACUUGCUAGUCUUGCAGAACAAUGUGUGGAGCUUGAAGGCAAAAAAAGGCCUAGUAUGAAAGAAGUGAAGGCGGAACUCACGGAGCUAAGUCAAUCUUACCUAAAGACUUCUAUCAUCUCCAAUAAGAUCACUGACUUAGACUCUAACCAGCUUAUUUUGUUUGACUGA